UCAAAAUAUUAUGAGAGAAUGUUUACCGUUAUUUUUAGAUGAUUCGUGUCAAAAUACAAUGUCAUGCACACGUAUACAUUAAUUCUUUAAAAGUUUCAGUUGAUUAACCGAUACGACUGCUUUGAAACUGGUUCUUUUAAUAUCGUCUGCUUAGUCAUCAACACCCGAUUUUCUCUCAAAACAUCUGCUGAUGUGUAUGAAUAAAGCAAACAAUUAGAGGUGCUGGUCGUAAUGAACGUGAUGGAGGUUUUAGAAUCCAAAUCCAUCGACAGAAAUGAGGUUUUAGAAAGACUAGCUCGAAUGAAAAGAGAACUUGCUAAGAAGGAAAAGAAACUUGAGAGAGCUAAGCGUGCCUUAAGAGCAAAAGCACAUGUGAAGCAAAAACUGAGGGAACAAGCUUUGAUCCAAGGAAACUGCGGCUCCCCUCACCUUCACCAAGAGGAGUCUCAGGCAGGUGCUGAUACUAAUAGUAACUCAUGGACACCAACAUCCGCGGGCAAUUCUUCCCUUGAUGUAACUCAACCAUUUUCUGAUGAGAAAUCUGAAAACAGUGUCAUCAGAACUAAAAGAGACUUCAAAAGUGACCAUGAUAGACAAAGGGAGAUAACUCCAUCAUCACGACGACCCUUUCUGGCUAAAUUGGAACAGGCUAGUGGGCAGUCAUUGAAAUCUGAACUUAGUGUUCAUUGUUCAAAAUCAGUUGACACAGGCUUGAAAUCCAAAGCUUUGCGCAAACAUUUGAAAUGUAACGAAAGAGUGAAGGCAACUGAAAAUGAGAAAUGUGAAGAUUUGUUGACAGCUUGUCUUGUUCAGGCUGGUGUCAAGGAUCAGUGUUUUAGACAUGAUGGCAUUACAAUAAGUCCAGACUUACUUGAAGACUACCCUAUUAUUCUUGAGAAAAAGGUUUCAUUAUGUGAUACUAAUGAUUCACAUCUUGACAAUUCUUUGUUUCUUACACCAGCCCCAGUCAGUAACAAUUCAGAGAAAAUUUAUCUCCAUGAAUCAUGCCAAGAAAAGGGCGUAACAAAUGUUAAACUUAAGCUUGAAUUUGAUGUGGAAACUGAAACACUAGGAUCAAGUGUUAAAGGGAAUGACAGUCAAACUGUGUGUAAAGAUAGGAAACUUGUUUCUUUAGAAAGCAAACUUGAAUCUCAGGAAGAUCAAAACCUUGAUGAUUGUAUAGUAAUACGGAGGACAUUCAAAUCAAAUGUAUGUCAAGAAACCAUUCCAAACUCUAUAUCACCAGUUUCUCAGAACGCAGGAAACUGCAAAAGGGACAAAGCCCUUUCCUUGAGCAGAAAAAGAAAAAGUGGUGCUAGUGCUCAAAGACAACAAGAUGAAAAGAAGUUCAAAUCCAAUAUUAUGGAGACUGAUUCUGUAUUCAUGGCCUCAGAGCCAGAAAGUGUUGUAAGAGAGGGUUCAGUUACUGUGGUCUCAGAUUCCCUCUCCCCAGUUGCUAGCCAGAGUUUACUGAAGCCUUCUAAUCCCAGAGAAUCAACAGCUAUAACAAAAGAGGACCCCAACUGUGAUAAUCCGAAGAAAGCUUUGCCUGAGAAGGUUUGUGAUAAGUCCACUUUUAACAAGAACUGUCAGAUUAAUGCUCAAAAUAUUGAAGAAACCAAUUUAUCUGACAUUUUAUGUGAUAAUAACAAAAAGAGUUUUUCAAAGGAAAGGGAUUUAGAAUAUCAGAGUCAUCAAAGAAAGAAAUCUUCAAAGAAUUCCCCAAGGACUAAAGCAGGGUCAUCACAAGGAAAACAGACACAACCAGCCGAAUAUCUAGACUUUACUGAGCUGGAUGUCAUUCCAUUCUCACAGUUUCAGUACUCAGACUGUCUGUUCUCAAGUCAGGAUUUACUGUCUGAAACAGUCCCUGGCAAAAGAGGGAGGAAGAGUCACUUUGGUAUGCUGAUACAAAGACGAUCUCCAAGGCUGUCUGCAGGUCUCAAGAAUGUAGUUGGUGAUGACAUUAUGCCCAAUGACUCUAACUCUGAACCUAUUUCAUCAGAGAAUUUAGAAACAGAUUCUUCAUGUGGUUCUCAGAUGCUGUGUCCCAAGCCGGUUUCAAAAGGAUGUAGACGUGUGAAGAAAAGCAAGAAGGGCAUUAUGAUAUCAUCAGUGUUCCAAUUCAUUAUUGAUGAAGCAAAGAGAAUCAAAGAUGUGAAAGAAUUUGUACUGCCAAUUAAUAUAUUUAACAAGAGAGUUCAGAAAAAACUAACUGAGUAUGUAUCUCAGGAUAGUGUUAGUGACAAUGAUCUUACAUCUGAGGUAAAACACAACACAGAAAAGAAAGUUCAUACAUUACAAUUUGGAAGGUGUAAAAAUGGACUUAAGCCAAUAAGGAACAGACAUGUUGAACAGAAAGAGAGAUUUCAUGACAGUCUGAACAACCACACUGCAGAGGAUGCAGCUGAGCUGUUGGAUUUCAGUAUGUGUGCAGGAGAGGGGAAAUUAAUCAAAGUUGAGAUGAGUCAAAGUAUAUCAGCAGAGAAGAUUCCUUCAAAGAUGUCACAUGGAUGUAUUUUAGAAAAUGACAGUAAACUAUGUGAUGUUAAGGAAGAAAGAGACAACAACAUUUGCAAGAACGUGAAUUUACUUAAUGAAAUGUGUGUGUUUGACACUGCUAGAGAAGAAAACCAAUCUGUCCUGUCAACACCAAAACACCAGUCUGUCAGCUUUAAAACACCAAAGCAAGAAGUAUGUGAUUUCGCAACACCAAAACACCAACUAAGCUUGAUGUCUACCCCUAAGAUUGAAAACUCAUUUGUGACCCCAAAGCACCAGAUAAGGAGAAUGAAGUAUGAUGUGGCUUCAACUGACCUGACCUGCUCACCAUCCCUGUUUCCAUCACAGGAAGUCAAAGAGGAGAUGACUCCAUUGUUUUGCAGUCCAGUUUCUGCUUCAAGGGCAUCACCAUUUGGUGUUGCUGCUUUACCAGAAGAUGGGGACUGUGGUGUUGAUGAUGAAGACGUGUUCUCCAGUCUUGCUGGUGCUGCAGAUACAGAGACUGAAACCAGAGAAGGGAGGAGGCUUGUUACUGCUGGAUGUUUUCAGACAUGCAAGACAGAGCCUGUCAUAUCAGUCCUGUGUGGAGUACUACAUACUGCGGGAUCGCUGGUGGACUUCGUCGUCACUCUUUUUUCAACAUCCCUCAGUAUCUGGUCCCUGGAAAAAUCACUCUGGACAAAUGAACUGGACUGGAUUCUACCAGAGGGUUGUGAAGCAGAGACAGCUUGGUUGAUGCCAUCUGAGGACAAGGUUGUUGUAGCAAUGUCAGGGUCAAGUGUCAAGGUUCCUGUCAUGGUCAGUGUGUUUGUCUAUGACUGGUUAUCAGGUGACUCGACGAGGUUCAACCUUCCUCUGCCUGUGUCAGUAAGAUGUCCUAUGAGCAAUGGUAUUUGCUGCCCCCUCACUGACCGCCAGAUCACAGUUUUCUACAGACAAGGCACAGUGACUCGGGGUCAGAAACUUACCCUGAACACCUCAUUCACAGCCACAGUGGACGAUAUCAAUCUGGACAGCAUAGAUGGUCAUCUGACCAGCAUCAGUUCUGUCCAAGACCUCAGUCCAGCUAUUGUUGGGCUCACAGUCAACUCGCUGUUGCAUAUAUGGAACCAUGAGUGUGGACUAUUGUUGCAGACAGUGGACAUCAGUUUCACUUGUUCCACUGCAGUUACAUUGGCAUCAGUGCAGUCGGAACAGGGUUAUUUACUGAUGACCAUGAUGAAUACCAAGGGAGAUAAGCCUGUAAGCCUUCUUGCUGUGAACCCAAUGACAUGCACAAGUCAUCAGAUGGUCUCGUAUGAGACAGUGCCACAGUGGAAGGGAUCAGAGGGGUGUGAGUUGUUCGAGGACCUCCUUGUGGUUUGUGACCAGUCCGGAUCUCUCCUCCUGUGGGACACAUGUUCUGGACAACUCCUGGUCCGACUGUCUAACCUUCACACAAGGUGCUUGGCUGUUGACCCCUCUCAGGAACGGAUCUUCUCAGGACAAAAUAAUGGAUGUGUGCAUGUGUACCAGCUGUCAUGAUGAUGUAGUCAAGCAUCUCAGUGUAUUAUUUGUCCAGUCCAAUUGCAGCGUUCUCAGGUUUGGAAUAAAGUUUGCAAUAGCC